ACCCUCCUCGCCAUGUCGAUAUCCUUCCUCCUCGACUACUCCCUGCCCGUCGUGGCCCUGGAACUAUGCAUCGUGUUCCUCGUCACUCGCCUGUUCCUCGAGCCCCACUUCAUGCCACGGGUGUUUGGGAAGACGUACACGGAGAUGGAUGUCGGUGCUCGACGGUCUCUUACGAAUCACGCUGUGUCGUUUGGCCUAAAGGUCACUUGCUGUAUCGGCGCGUACUCCAUUCUCGAGACGUUUUUUGUCCAAACGCCUUUGGACGAGCCGAUACACUCAGAUCAUGUCAAGCACAAAGUCACGAACGGGGACAUUCUCGCGUACUGCUACCUUACCGUUCCUACAAUAUAUUUAUUCGAAAUCAUCUACCGUACCAACAUCUCCGUCGUGUCGGCUAUCCACCACAUCGCGGCCAUACUCAUUAAUAUCCUCGGUAUUGUCAUUAUUGUCGAUCAUGGGCAGGAGGGGUACUUGCCGUUGAUUGAGUUUAAGCUGAUCCUAAUCUACGGCACGUUCGAAAUGAUGUUCGAGAUGUUCCCCCAUCUGGCCGUCAUGCUCUACCGAAUUUACCGCCACAAACCCCGUUUCCUGUGUCGACUGUUCCUCAUCGUCGGUCUGGGUAUCUUCACCGGUACGCUGUCGGAACAAGUCGCCAUCAUCUACUUCUACAAUCGUAUCUGGAAACACCUCCCCAUCCUCUACAAGGCCGUCGGCCCUAUCCUGCACGUGUGUUUCCUGGCGGCCCAAGUCCAUGGAGGGCGGAUAUGUAUCCAGAUUUCGAUGAAGCUACGGAAGGAGGUCAAGGAGGCGCAAAAGAAGGGAAUCGAG